AGCAAAGGAAGGCCAGCAGCUUAGGAAAGGACGAGCUCAUCUGGCUGUGUCACCCAGAGGGACAUCUCCAUAAUGGCUUUCAGUGGAAGAUAUGAACUGCAGAGGCAGGAAAACUUUGAGCCAUUUAUGAAAGCUAUCGGUAUCCCGGAUGAUUUGAUUGAGAAAGGGAAAGACCUCAAGAGUGUUUCCGAGAUUGUCCAAACUGGAGACCACUUCAAGGUCACCGUCACCAAGGGCAACAAAGUGAUUGUCAAUGAGUUUACAAUUGGAGAGGAGACGGAAGUCCAAAGUCCCACAGGAGAACAGAUUAAGGCCUUAGUGAAUGCUGAAGGGAGCAAUAAACUUGUUGUCAAGAUGCAAAACAUUACCUCGGUCACAGAGCUUAUUGGAGACCAAUUGAUUAUUACAAUGACCAUUGGUGACAUUGAUUACAAGAGAAUCAGCAGGAGAAUCAGUUGAAGAGUUACAGAGCACCUCAUGCAGCUUGAUGUAUAACACUCAAAAUAAAACCUAUUCACCUG